AGGAGCAAACCCCUCACCAAAAUCCCUCACCAAAUCCAGGUGACACACAGAAGAAACACUCUUGAAAGAUGAUGGGCAAGGCUGUGGCUGCUGUCAUGGCUCUUCUCCUGAUCUCAAUGGCUGGAGCAAAAGGUAUGGCUCAGGCGCGUUCAGCGAUUGAACUCCGAUGCCAGUGCAUAGAGACUCAUUCCAAGUUCAUCCAUCCAAAGUUCAUUCAAAAUGUGAACCUCACCCCUAGUGGACCUCACUGCAAGGACGUGGAAGUCAUAGCUACUCUGAAAGAUGGCAGAGAAGUGUGCCUGGAUCCCACUGCUUCCUGGGUGAAGCUGAUCAUCAAGGCAAUUCUGGACAAGGCAGACACCAAGAAUAAGACUGCAUCGUAAAGCAAAGAACAAAAAUGUCCUACCUCCUCCAGGAAGACAAAAGUGGGAGACACCGCCAUUCAGCUUCUGGCAGGUCAUUUCCUCCUGCCUCCUACAUUCGUACUUUCAUCAUCGUCUAGAGGAUGUAUCCUCCCUCUUUUUGUAGUUACAACAGUAACUUGACAACAGUAGCUUAAGUCUUUUAAAGAAGUGUCAUACGGGAGAAAAACCACUGAAAUUAGAAAAAGUAGGCAAAAAAAUAAAACAAAAAAGAUCAGGCUUGUGAAAGGAGAUGGAGAUGAUUCUAGCCACCACAUAAUCAAUGUGGUGCACUCUAUGCAGGUCUUUCUUUAAAUAACGUCUUUGCCAAUAGUUUAGAAACUGCCCAACAAUUCCUUUUCUCCAGGAACAUGCUGACAGGUAGCAUCAACUGUACCUAGGUUACUGCUUCUCAUGUGGGCUGCAAACCAGAAAAAGGGGGCUUUCAGAGUCAGUAACCCAAAAGUCUGAGGCAUCAGUUUUGGAGCCAUCAUUUUCAAGGUUUUAUUUACUCUGAAUUACUGCUGUGAAGCUAUAAACAUAUGUUUUCAUGCCAUCUUUUGGUUACAAAAAGGGCACUUUAUUUAUUUGAAUUCUAUUAAAUAUU